GCUUCACGAUUUUUCGCAACUAAGCCCGACAGGAAAAGAAAGAAGGGCGUCGCGUCUCCUUCGUUCUCGUGUCCGACAGCGAGUGUGAGCUGCUGAACUCGAGCGCCGCUUGUCGCGCGCACCGCGGCAUCGAUCCGGCAAGCUGUUAUGUACUGCUACUUGUUUUCUUUGAAGCUUAUCGUUGGUCUGAGAUAUUGUCAAUGUUCAUUUGGAGAUAGCAUGUCUGGACAGCAGGAUCCUGUUAGUAAAAGCUCUAGUUCAAGCAUCAGCAGCAGUACUCAGGAGAGCGAGGAAGAAGUAAGUGUAACCAUCGGUAGCCUCCUUGCUCAAGCAAAGAACAACAGUGGACAAAGUCUUGGGAAGUGCCUGUACCAUUUGGGCUCAAUCCCGUACACUCCACGAGUUAAUGGAAAAAUCCCUAAUGUUGAUAAUGCAACGCUGGAUCAUGAAAGAUUGCUGGAAAGGUUGGGCAAUUACGGUUUGGCUGAAUUUCAAAUAGAGGGGGAUGGGAACUGUCAGUUCCGAGCUUUGGCAGACCAGAUAUUUCGCAAUCCUGAUUAUCACAAGCAUGUGAGAAAGGCAAUCAUGAAACAUCUAAAGGAAUUCAGAAAACAGUACGAAGGCUAUGUACCAAUGGAAUAUAAGGUGUACUUGAAGAAAAUGAAAAGAUCUGGGGAAUGGGGGGAUCAUCUGACCUUACAAGCGGCCGCAGACCGGUUUGGUGCCAAAAUUUGUUUGCUGACAUCAUUUAGAGACACCUGCUUGAUUGAAAUAGUCCCCAGGGAUCUGACUCCCACAAAAGAGCUUUGGCUAAGCUUCUGGUGUGAAGUACACUAUAAUUCCUUAUAUGCAAUUGACGAUCUCCUGACCCGCAAUACUAAGAAGAAGCACUGGCUGUUCUAGGAGGAUUCUGAAGCUUCUCUGAGUAGCUGAUGUUCUUUUGCAGUCAGUGCAGCCUCUGUGACCUUGGCCAGUUUUAUAGUAUCCCAGUUGAGUCUGUGUAGGCCUUCCCGCUAAUGUACAGUCAACCUAAAAUCUUGUAAAAUUUCCUCAAGGAACAACAUAUGGAACUGUAAAACUUUCAGAUCCACGGGUCAUGUUCUUUCUACACGGCGAUAAAGUUUUGCCUUUGCAAUGUACAUUAUUAUGGUUUUUGUAAUC